ACAAGUCGGACUAUUUAAAUGCUGAUUUCAAUCAGUUCUAUAGACUUUGAUUCUUGAAAGUUUAAUACACAACACGGUCCGCAGCAAUAUUUUUCAUAUUAAAUCAUGGAGCACUAUUGGAUACAAUCAUCAUCGGCAGACGAUUUGCCAGAUUUUGCUAUUGAAGGUGGUUAUGAUUGUGAUGGGACCCCUAUCUAUGUAGGACGCGCCAAGCAUGAAGGUGAUAUUUUACCAGCCAAAGUAAUACCGAGCAAAGGUUGUGCCUAUGUGUCAUGGGGUGGACAGGAAAUUCCCAAAAACUAUUAUGAAGUUCUUGUUGGUCCUGGUUAUGGCUGGUGUCCCUGUGAAAAUGGAGCUGUACCCUACAAUGCAGUAUCUAGUGGAGUUACAUCUAGCGGUGAGACAUUAUAUAUUGGCCGUGGUCAGCAUGCCCACAGCUUAAGUGUAGGUAAAGUACAUCCAUCGCAUAGUUGUUUGUAUAUACCAUUUGGAGGGCAGGAAACUAGUCUAAGCUCUUAUGAAGUAUUAGUAUGUGAGAACAAUGACAAAUGGAUAUCCUCACAAUUGGAUCAUACUCCUCACGAUGCUGUAGUAGCUGGCUACGACUCUGACGGCACAGCCAUCUUUGUAGGAAGAUCCUGGCAUGAAGGUCAAUUUAUACCGACGAAAGUUGUCACUAGCAGAGGUGAAGCCUAUAUUUGCUAUGAUGGUUCAGAAAUCAGAAAAAGUGAAAUUGAAAUUUUGUGUGGCUACAAUUAUAAUUGGAUUAAUACUGAUUCCCAAAAUAUUCCAAACAAUGCUGUUUUUACAGGCCGAUUUGAAGAUGGGGAACCUUUGUUUGUAGGUCGAACUCACCAUUGCGGCAGCUUGACUCCAGGUUUAGUUUCACCUGGGGAUCAUUGCAUAUUUAUACCCUACGGCGGCCAGGAAAUACGCAAACAUGUGUUUGAUAUCCUAGUAAGACAAUAAGCAAAUAAUAUUGCAUAUCUUAAUGUACAUGAUAUUAUAAGUAUGUGUGUAAUUACAUAUAUUUAAUUUUAGAGGUUAUAAUUACAAAUACAAUCUACAAACAUAAAAUUUCGAAUAUUUAUUA